GUCAUCGUUGUCAUCGGUGGCGUUGGUGCGGGUAACGAAGUGGAAUGCUUCGACAUGGAAACACAAAUUUGGUCUACGAGGUUAUCAGACGGGAACGACGAGCGUUCCAGAUCAUCCGCAUUCCGAGCUAUUCCAAAUUUGCCCUGCAAGAAAUCUGCUUGUGUUGCUGUGGUCCUUGAAAAUUGUCUUUACGUUUUGGGUGGCCAGACAAUCGAACCAACA